AAUCAGUGGUCUGCAAGUUGUGUGCUAGACACUUAAGACAAUAUCAAAGGAAGCUUCACUUUAAUUUUUAAAAUAUUUACCAUAAAUUUUGGUCAAAAUAACCCUAUUUAAACUCAAAAAUGUCAAAAUCAUCUCCCAUGAAUUAUGAAUUUUGUAAGGAAUGCUCUCUUUCCACACUGAUCAAACACACAAAAAUCCACAGAUUUCCUGCAUUAUUUUUCGCAUGAACUAAUACUUGUAUAAUUACACAGAAUUAUAUAAUAAUGUAUGAAAUUCUCCCUCAAAUCAAUGAUUUCUCAGAAAUCCCAAAAACCCUCUUACAACAAUCUCAACAAGUCCCUCCUCAAUUCCUUAAAGCAGCAAUUUUCGCUGGUGGAAGUUUUAUGCUACUCGAAGCGGCAUUUGGGAGCAUCAAUGGAGUUAUCAAAACUUCUACUGGUUAUUUUGGAGGAAGCCUUAGGAAACCAUCCUAUAAAGAAGUGUGUGCAGGAGGAACUGGUCAUACAGAAGCUGUUAAAGUAGAAUAUGAUAGCAAAAUCAUUUCAUUCUCAUCACUUUGUGAUCUUUUCUGGGGUAUCCAUGAUCCCACCAACAAGGACUAUCUUAAUUUCGGGUUAAGUACACAUGAAAGAUCAGUGAAUUUUUACUCGACAGAGGAAGAGAGGAAAGAAGCACAAAAAUCAAAGAUUAGGAAACAAAUGGGGAUUAAUAAGAGAAUUGUCACAAAGAUUUUGUCAAUGGAAAAUUCUGAAUUAUUUUUGGCAGAAAAUCAGUAUCAGAAAUAUUAUUUGCAGAAGCAUCACAAGCUUUGUGGAAGUUUGGGAUUAAGAAGCACACUGCAAUUUGUGGACUCAAAUAUUGCUUGCAAACUUAAUGGAAUAUUGGGGAUGACACUGAGUAAGGAGCAAAGAGUUGAUCGACUUACAACUUUUCUGGAAAAUCAAGAGUUUUUGGAUCCUGCAAAGUUAGAUCUUGAAGCAAUUAUUGACGAUUUAUGAGCGUUGUGAAAUUAGUAUAGGGAAAACUUAAAAAAAAAACCCAAAAAGAAAUAGGGCAAGCUUAAAGAGAUGAGGAAAUUAUCAUUUAGUUGGUUCAAAUGAAUAGUUGAAUACUACUCGUAUGUUGUCCAACUCACAAUUCUCACAAUACAUAUGUUUUUUUUUUUUUGGUUCUACUACGAGGAGUUCCCACCGCUUUCGGCGAGGUAAUCUCCCGUGGGAGUUUGCAUGGGUACCUCGAUGGGCAGCAUCCCUCCCAGUUGAGAUUUUUUCCAUUCCCAAGGCUCGAACCCGAGACCUUGGUUAAGGAGCAAGAGGCCCUUAACCACUCAUGCCAACCUCAAUUGGUCAUUCUCACAAUACAUAUGUCAAUGUUGAAAUAACGUUUACCCCACAAAAGUUCUUUUUUCUUUUAAAGUUUACUUUCUGGCUUUUCUUAUUUGGGAAAUGAAUUUUGUUUUAUAAGGGUUAGGAAGUAUUCUCUUCACUUAAAUGACAUUUAUUACAUCUUACUAACAUUAAAUUUAUCUUAUACUCGUAUUAUCUUAUCUGAAUUUAUUGACGACCAUUGUUUAAUCUUAUUA